AUGAUUCCAAUGCCUCUAAACGAAGCCGUUUCAGGCAUCUUGGGAACAAACUUUGUCGGAGCUCUUCUCACACGCCUUGCGCCUACUGCGAUUGGGCUGGCAGGCUACUUUUGCAUUGCCGACUUGAUUCUCAUCAGUCAAUCCUUCUACUACAAGACGGCCAACUCUCUCCCGCAAUCAGUCUCCUCUACGGGAGUAGAUGUGGUCUCAUGUGAGGAGACGCCACUACUGUCCACAACGCAGCAGAGCAGCUCAACUCAAAGAUCCAAAAUGAACCCCUGGGUAUCCAACACGCUGAGCCUACUCGCAGUUGGUGUUGUGGGAUUCAUUGCAUGGCUUAGUGCUUUCAAGAUGGGCUUUCUGGACAGUGCCAAAACGGAUACGCAAGAUCCAGAGCCAAACUCUAACAAGAUGCUUGAGACAGUGGGUAUAAUUCUGGGUUAUUUCAGCGCCGUCUGCUACUUACGUGCCCAUAUUCCGCAAAUCAUCAAGAACUACAGAGAAAAUUCGUGCGAAGGUCUGGCGAUUCUCUUCUUUCUUCUCUCUCUGACUGGAAAUAUGACGUAUUUCACCAGUCUUUUGGCGUACUCUCAGGAAAAGAACUACCUCUUGAAUGCCGUUCCAUGGUUCCUCUCGGCACCGUGGGCGAAGACAUGA